UCCACCUCCACCUCCACCAGCGCGAGCAGCUCCUGUCGCGAGCCGCCCCGCGGCAGCUUCUCGAGACCGGCUUUUCUGCAGCUCACGCCAGAGGAACUUCUGCUGGCGGAUGAUCACACGGGUAGAGCCGUCCAGAGCCCCCGCGAGAGUCGUCGUCGCCUGCCCUGGAGCACCGGCUACGCCGAGGUGAUAAAUGCUGGUAAGAGCCAGCAUAAUGAGGAUCAAGCUUGCUGUGAAGCCGUCUUUGUGGAAAGAAGAGACAACUUGAGAAAUAACCCAGGCCCCAAGGAAAUUGCUGAAGAGUCAGAAGGCAGCAAAGGCCUGUACUUUUACUACUGGGGCUUGUUUGAUGGACAUGCUGGGAGUGGAGCUGCAAUCAUGGCAUCCAAACUGCUUCAUUUCCAUAUUCGUGACCAACUCCGAGACUUGGUAGACAUCAUACAAGAUUCCUCUCCUCCACCAAUUUGCCUGCAAGAGGGACCCAGGACAGUUCUCAUAGACCCAAACAAGGCUCCUCUGGCAGAAGAAGAUGCAGAGGUCCCAAACAAUGCCUUGCCACGCUUCCAUAUGGAAAAGGUGGUUUCCCAUGAAAGUUUGGUAGUGGGAGCCAUUGAAAAUGCAUUCAAGCAGAUGGACAAUCAGAUUGAGCAAGAACGGGUGACCAGGCAGGCAUCAGGAGGCUGCUGUGCCCUGGCUGUGGUUUAUCUUCUGGGGAAGUUUUAUGUGGCCAAUGCUGGUGAUAGUAGGGCCAUUGUCAUCCGUAAUGGGGAAAUCAUUCCAAUGUCCAGGGAAUUUACUCCAGAGACAGAGAGGCAAAGGCUACAGUUUUUAGGCUAUUUGAGGCCUGAAUUACUGGGAAAUGAGUUUACCUACCUCGAAUUUCCUCGAAGGAUACAACAGAAGGAAGUGGGAAAGAAGAUGUUAUAUAGGGACCAAAACAUGAAUGGCUGGGCAUAUAAAAGGAUAGAAGAAGAUGACGUGAAGUUUCCACUUGUAUAUGGAGAGGGUAAAAAAGCUCGAAUGAUGGCAACCAUUGGGGUAACUCGAGGCUUAGGAGACCAUGAUCUGAAAGUUUACAACUCUAACAUCCACAUUAAGCCUUUCUUAUCUUGCAUUCCAGAGGUGCACAUUUAUGAUCUCACCCAAUAUGAGCACUGCCCUGAUGAUGUGCUGGUGCUGGGCACUGAUGGCCUCUGGGAUGUUACUAGUGAUCAAGAGGUAGCCACUGUGGUUGUUGAUGUACUGAUGGGCUAUGAACCCAAUGAUCCUUGCAGAUAUACCAUGGCAGCCCAGGAGUUGGUGAUGCGGUCAAGAGGGGUUCUGAAGGACCGUGGCUGGAGGCUGGCCAAUGACAAACUGGGUUCUGGAGAUGAUAUUUCUGUUUUUGUUAUUCCCCUGGGUGGUCCAGGAAACUAUUCCUGAACCUUGAGUCUCCAGGGCACAGAGUUCUUGAUACAAAACUGUAAAAAAUGCAACUUAUCUGAAGGCUGUAGAUUCCCUUGGUGUUGAAAUAUUUUUGUUCCUCAAGUCUUCAGAAGUGGAUUAGAAAACCCAAAUCGUAAGACUGCAGUUUGCAUCCAGCUGUCAUCUCUUUCAAGCUUGCUAUAUCUGAGAGCUGUGAGACAUAGCCCAAAUCAAAGCCUCUCGAGGAUUACUACUAUACGUUCUUGAAACCCUUAGGAAAUCCUUGAUUCUAAGGGCUGCAUGAAAUCUGGGGUGUGAUCCCAGGGAAAGAAAACUUUUUGUUCCACUGUCAUGGAAAUGGUCUUCAUACUGAUACUUAGUCCUGGAGUAUCCUUGAUCCAUUACAGUACUGAAUCAUUUGUAAAUAUUUCCUUCUUUUCUCCCAUUACUACAAAGGGACAACUCAAGUUCACUUGCCAGAUGCCAAGGACCACCUCAUUCUGAUUCAGAAUGGCAAUCGUGCCUACUUGUCUAGAAUAUAUCCUGUCUUACCUUGGCAACUAGUCAUGUGUGAAUUGCUAAAGAAAUGUCAAGUAAGUGUUGUUGACUGGUUGAUUAUUAUUUCUCAAACCUCUCCCAGGCAGCAUAUGCAACUUUCACUCUGAGGUGAAAUGUUGGAUUCAGGGUGAAUACUAAGUAAGCAUUCAUUUAAAAAAUAUCAUUUAUUUUGCAGGGAUUUUUCUGAGUCAUAUUAGAUACUGUACAUAAUUCAGCAAGAUUUGCUAAUUUUACAGGAGAACCUCCUCUGAAUGACAGUGGAUGGGUACAACAUAUUCCCACCAUAGAAAAUAUUGUUGGGGAAAUCCAGUGUUGUAUCUCUUCCUCCACAAAGUGGUGGAACAUCUCUGAUGAGCUAGGUCAACAACUGAGCCUUAAAUAACAAUAUGGAGAAAUCUUCUGCAGGAUAGGGGGUUGCAAAUAGGUACCUGAGAGAGAACUACAUCUAUAGAAGUAAACAUUGUGGAAGAGAUUUAUUUCUAGUCUGUUCACCUGUGUUCUUCUAUGGAACAUUCAAAAAUUUCUUCAUGAAAGCUCUACCUCUGGAGCCCAGAGCCCUGAGUUCUUGGCUUAAUGAAUAAAGCAUAUUCAACACAGAUUUAAAUCUGUCAGGCAAUGAUAGCUAUACUUUAUAACUUGGCAACUAUUUCAGUUCAGGGGACCUAGCAACUUACAAUCUGCAACUUGCAAUAUAGUUGUGAGCAAUUGAAUAAUAGACACAACAAAAGAAUGUGUGGGAGAUUAAAGACUAUCACAUUUAUUAGAAGCUUUCAUGGAUCACCUCCAAUUCAUGAAAACUAUAUGCAAUAACAAACUUGUUCAUCUUUUGAAAACUCCUAUUUAUAGCAAAAAGUAACAUGGCUAUCUCUCUGGAAAUGAGUGGGUUUUUUCUCUUUUCCUUAGCCUUUAUCUUAUUUCUUUAAAAAUCAGUUAUAGGCUUAAAGAAAACAUUUGCACUCUUAUUUAUAUUCCAUGUUUUAGAAUAUUUCAUUUAGGCCACAAUCUUUUCCAUUUUUGCUAGGGAAUAAGGUCCACUGAAUUAAUUGGAUCUUCUAAGUAAAUAUCAAUACUUCCCCAUUAUGUAAAGAUUGAGCAUGAAAGCUUUGAUUUACUUGUUAACGAUGUGAGGUUUUAAUGCCUGAUGACAGAUUAAAGGAUAGAGUGAAAGACUGUGGGUAUUCCUUGGCAUUAUAAAGCAAAAACUAGUCAAGAAAUUAUCUUACUGGAAAGCACUUUGGUAUUGAUUUUUCUUUUUCUUUUGACCUGCUGUCACUUUCUGGUGAUUGAUGUGUAUCAUGUCACUUGUGAAAGAUGAAAUAAAGUGAAUGCACCUCUUGGGAA